UACACAAACAUACCGCGGGUCGAAUGCGUUCGCUGUGAAACGUAUUGUGUUCAAAAUGUGGUACACGUUCCUUACGUUUGUUUUAUUCUUGGUCGUCACGUUUUUAUUUAAAAAAGUCACACAAAAAGAACCAAAUGUUAUUAAAUACCAUUUGAAUUUUUUCAUAUUUUACGGAGGAUGCUCUCUAUUAGCGGCUGUGAUUUGGCCAAUAUUUUUAUUAAGCCCAAAAAACGUGAGGAAUUCAAAAAUGGCGGCGAAAAUUUUAAAACAUAUAACCAAGUUGUAUGAUUUGAAAUGGGAACUUCGUAACGGAGAAAUCUUGGCCGUGGAUCGUGGAGCUGUGAUCGUCUCUAAUCAUCAAUUAACCUUAGAUAUUUUAGGUAUGUUCAACAUAUGGGAAGUGGUAGACAAAAUAUCUGCUAUAGCCAAAAAAGAAUUAUUCUACGUAUGGCCGUUUGGACUCUCAGCGUAUCUCGCAGGAGUCGUGUUUAUUGACAGAAAAGAUGCCAAAGGUGCUUACAAACAACUUCAAAUGACGUCGGAAGUUAUGAUGAAAAAUAAGACAAAACUAUGGUUGUUCCCUGAAGGAACAAGGAAUAAGGACUAUAGAUCAUUAUUGCCAUUCAAGAAGGGUGCCUUUAACAUAGCAGUUGCUGCACAAGUGCCUAUACUACCAGUAGUAUUUUCGCCUUACUAUUUCGUCAAUGCUGAAAAACAUAUUUUCAAUAAAGGUCACGUUAUAAUACAAUGCUUACAACCAAUACCAACAAAAGGUCUGACUUCAAAAGACAUACCAGACCUCAUGGCGAAGGUCCACGAAAGAAUGUCCACGGUAUACAGAGAAUUAUCGAAGGAAGUUAUAAAUGAUUUACCAGCAGACUACCCUUACACCACAGUAGGCUAAAUAAGACUAGUAUUUUGUAUCGUAUAGCAUUUAAUUAUAAGUAAAUUUUUAAAUAAAUAAUAUGUCUUAUA